AGAGGAAGCGUACGCUUGCGUGUGUUUGCGCGCGGGCGGGCGGUCUCCACUGCUUGUUGUCAGUAAGAUGGCGGAUUCCUCUCAGCCGGUGGUUUUCCGCGUCCUGUCCGUGUGAGGAGCAGAGCCGCGGCAAAGCGAGCCAGAGGUGACAGAGGGCAACCGCAGCCUCCAUCUCUCUCUCGCUCUCUCAGGAAUGGUGGAUAGUUAACGCCUCCCGCAACCCUCUGCUGUCUAUGUGUUUAUAAGAAUUUUUAAAAGAAAACUUCAGAAGAAAACAAAUCAUGAAAUUCGCCGAACAUUUAUCAGCUCACAUCACGCCGGAAUGGCGCAAGCAGUACAUCCAGUACGAGGCUUUCAAAGAUAUGCUUUAUACAGCCCAGGACCAAGCACCAUCUUUAGAAGUCACUGAUGAAGACACGGUCAAGAGAUAUUAUGCCAAGUUUGAGGAGAAGUUCUUCCAAAGCUGUGAAAAGGAACUUGCCAAAAUCAACACCUUCUACUCAGAGAAACUUGCCGAGGCCCAGCGCAGGUUUGCUACACUUCAGAAUGAGCUGCAGUCGACACUGGAAGCCCAGCGAGACAGCAACAUUGUCUCUAUCUUAAGGCAACGGAAGAAGACGGUCUUCCCUCUCUCCCAUGAGGAACGUGUGCAGCAUAGGAACAUUCGGGACCUGAAGCUAGCCUUCAGCGAGUUCUACCUCAGCCUGAUCUUGCUCCAGAAUUACCAGAAUCUGAAUUUCACCGGUUUCCGAAAGAUCCUGAAGAAACAUGAUAAGAUGCUGGAGACGAGUCGGGGGGCUGACUGGCGAGUGGCUCAUGUGGAGGUGGCUCCCUUCUACACCUGCAAAAAAAUCACUCAACUCAUCACUGAGACCGAAACACUUGUCACCAUGGAGUUGGAAGAAGGUGACCGACAGAAAGCUAUGAAGAGGUUACGAGUACCGCCUCUCGGAGCUGCUCAGCCAGCCCCAGCCUGGACCACAUUCAGGGUGGGGAUGUACUUUGGAAUUUUUGUGGUGUUUGUCGCUGCUCUUAUCUAUCAAGUGGCUCUUCUCUCUGCUGUUGGGAACCUCCUCUGUUUGAAUGGAGUGACUAAAAACAAUUCUUCCGACUACCGGCCCAUGGUGCAUAUUUACCGAGGUGGAUUUCUCCUGAUUGAGUUCCUCUUUCUGCUCGGCAUCAAUACCUACGGUUGGCGGCAGGCCGGAGUGAACCACGUGCUGAUCUUCGAACUCAAUCCCAGGAACAACCUGUCCCAUCAGCAUCUCUUUGAGAUUGCUGGCUUCCUAGGAGUGCUGUGGGGAUUGAGUCUUUUGUUCUGUUUGUUUGACCCAUUCACCACGAUUCCAAUGCAAAUCAAUCCUCUCGCCCUGUACGGGUUCAUGUUGCUGUUCCUGAUUAAUCCCACCAAAACCUGUUACUACAAGUCCAGGUUCUGGCUCCUAAAACUUCUGUUCAGAGUCUUCACAGCGCCAUUCCAUAAGGUUGAGUUUGCAGAUUUCUGGCUGGCUGACCAGUUGAACAGCCUGGUUAUGAUCCUGAUGGACUUGGCGUACGUGAUCUGCUUUUACAGCUUCGAGCUCAACUGGACCAGGAGUGGACUGGUUUGUUCUCCAGGUGUGGGCUCCAGCUACUGCUAUGAAAUAAUACCCGUUGUCCAGUGUCUGCCUGCAUGGGUGCGCUUCGCUCAAUGUCUGCGCCGUUACCGUGACACCAAACGGGCGUUUCCUCACCUUGUCAAUGCCGGCAAGUACUCCACCACCUUCUUCGCGGUCGCCUUCGGCGCUCUCUACAGGACCCACAAAGAACGGAACCACAAUGAUGCAGAGGUGUUUUUAUACCUGUGGAUUGUCUGCCUGGUGAUCAGCUCCUGUUACACCCUCACGUGGGACUUAAAGAUGGACUGGGGUCUGUUUGACAAGAAUGCUGGAGAGAAUACCUUCCUGCGGGAGGAGAUUGUCUACCCCCAGAAAAGCUAUUACUACUGUGCCAUAAUUGAGGAUGUCAUUCUACGCUUUGCCUGGACUGUCCAAAUCUCACUCUACUCCUUGAACGUGUUGAGUUCAAAUCAGCUGCUCAUCAUUUCCACUGUGCUGGCUCCUCUGGAAGUCUUCCGGCGCUUUGUGUGGAAUUUUUUCCGCCUGGAGAACGAGCACCUGAACAAUUGUGGUGAAUUCCGUGCCGUUCGGGAUAUCUCUGUGGCACCGCUCAAUGCCGAUGACCAGACACUCCUGGAGCAAAUGAUGGACCUGGAGGAUGGAGUCCGGAACCGCCAGAAACAGAAAGCAUGGAAGCGCACUUACAGCAUCUCCCUGAAGAAGCCUCUUGGCUCACUAUCAAAACCCAGGGACACCAAUGUGUUGAUCGAAGACACAGACGACGAGGCAUUCACAUGAGAGGUGACACGGACACCUCGCUGUCAUUGACACGUUCCAGUUUUACCGGGCACUGAACGCCACUCGGCACCUCUGCCCGGACACAGACUCAAUUCCACUUUUCUUUUUCUUUUUUGUUUUCGAUAUUAAUUUAAGCCGAGUCAAACCAGUUUCGAAGACUGUUUGCAACUACAGGAAUAUCCAUCUAUCUCUCUAUCUUCUCAGUACGGAUCAAAUCAAACGGAACAGACUUUGAGCUGGACAAUACUUUGUUUUCUCGCGCUCUCUCUCUCUCUCUCUCUCUCUCUCUCUCUCUCAGGCUCAGAAUAAGCUGGAGCCGGUUUAAGCUGGUCUAAACUGGUUCACUCACGUUUCUGACCAGCUCCUGACCCUGGUGGCACUUGCAGGGAAAGUGCACUUAAUCGUACUUCCUACGUGAAGUUUUUUUUUCAUUUUGAUAUGCAUUUGUUCUGUUCCGAUUGGAAUUGUUCAUAUUAUUUAUGAAGCAAAACAUGUCUCCAGUGCAAUGUUGUGAUCGUUUUGUGUUAAUGUUGGAGGAUUAUUUUUUGUUUGGGUUUAGCAGUUGGCUUCUAUUUAACAGGGAGCAGGGCGCUUCAAAGGUUGUAGUUUUCACAGAGUUAGGACUCUCCUUAUUAUGAAACUGGCAUCCGAAACAGUAGCUGGACAGCACCCAGUGACAUUUCAGCUGCAACAAAUAACUUCUCUGUUUGCCCCUUUACAGGAGAUAUAGUCAGUGGUUUUCCUGACCGGAAUCUAGUAACGGAGGCACACAGCAAAUUACAUUAUUUUCCCGUGUAUUAAAAUACAAUGGUUGCUGUUUUUACAUAUCCUGGACCACUUCCAGAUGUUUGAACAAUGUAGAAAAUCUCACAGGGAAAUUGGAUAUAAUAGUCAACUCUUGGCCGAACCCAUUCCGAGUCUUCCCGCUAUUGACUUGUUCCGGGAAGACUCCGGCGGCUGAGUUUAUUUCCCAUUCUUUGUGCCAGUCCAUAGGAGCCAGGGCUGGAUUAGCGGGACGUAGCAGCUGGAAUGUGACCUGGGUGGGUGAUUGAAGGCUUUCAGAGCAGUCUGUGCUGGGAGCUGGGAGUGGGCUGCUUUCAGAAGCUCACAUGGAAGAUUGGGAAAGUUUGCCGGUGGACGAUUGGGAAACACCUGGUCUGAUAUGACAGUGGAGCCGUCUUAAGAUCAGUCUCACAUUGCCACGUUAACACUCACUAGAGGGCAGAGAGAGAGAUUUUGUUAUUGCAUUUUUUCUUUAAAAAGGCGAUAUCCACUUACUUGCCUGUAUUGAUUCAGUAGCCCAUCCCAAACACCCAAUGUACAUUUUAGCACGAGUGUGGAUUUGGAUUCCAGUGACAGAAGUAGUGAGCUGAGUAGUCAUUCAAGUUAAUGAUAGAUUUGGGAGCGCUCAAUGAUUUAAUGGCUUUAAAGUCCGUUCACCAUUUUGAUCCUAGCCAGGAUUUUAUUUAAUAUGGCAGUUGAUAUGGUUGGAUUUGGAACACUGGGAAAGCUCCUCCUACUAAUACCUUUCUGUUGGCAUGACCUUAAGUAGGCUCCACUGUAUAAGAGAAAGGACAAAGUCCUGGUGCCUCAGCAUUGAGAGUAAGAAGACAUCAAGGUAAGACAAGACCCAAGCAUCAACCUCCAACCUCUUGCUCUGUAUUGGAGAUUUUGGGGCUGGGGGAGGAUGUUGAAUGGCUGGGUUAUGGGUUACCAACUGUUCUCAGAUCCCAAAUCUGGGUGAGCUCUGCCCUGCAGGGCUUCCAAACAAGUGUAUUUCACUUUGCAGAAAGGAUGAAAGGAGCAUCUGUAAUGUGCAAAUGCAGAACAUCGAUAUGGUCAAAGUUUUUGGUGAAUAAAUCAUUCGUAGGGAAUUUAUUAGCAAAGAAACCCAAGUCAAAAUAUCUCUCCAAGUUGCUAUCCUCCUUGCUAGCACCGACCCUCGGCUUAACUACUUGCCACAGCACAAGCUUAUUUUGUACCGUCAACUCUGAAUUUCACAUUCCUGAUGCUUUUUGUUAAUAAAGUGUACGCAAAACAGAUGUGAUUCAGUGAAAUUGUGACGCACACAAAGAGAGAGAGGGACGGGGGUUUGGAUUGAAAUUUUAACCCACUAGCAAACCAACCAGAGCUGAGUGUAAGAUGCAGCGAAAGUGUAUAAAAUCACUUUCUGCUUACAGAUGAACUCGGAUCUUCUGAAUUCACU